UGCGCUGGCAGCGCUCCAGGAUCCCGCCCAUCCCGGUUACUUUGACAACACAAAGGACUUCACGGAACUCACAGGCGCCGCCUCCCUUUCCAAAUAUGGGCAGUCUCUCCAUGUACGGAAAACAAUCGCUGCGAGAUUGCCCUUUUCUCUUCCUUAUCCAGUUUAUAUGAUCGGAGAGGAACUGCGCUUCAGGUUGGAAGCGGUGCGAUCAUGGCCGAGCGAGUCCAGCAGCCCCCAGCCAAGCGGCUCUGCUGCAGGCCCGGCUACAACCCGGCAUGCAGGCAGGGGCAGCGGGCUGGAGGAGUCCUGUGUGGCGGCGCAGGGUCCGCUCCGGGAGGGUCGGGGAAUGGAAAAACGCACAACCCCGAGUCUUUGCUAGACAUCGCGGCACGCAGAGUCGCGGAGAAGUGGCCGUUCCAGAGGGUGGAGGAGCGGUUCGAGAGGAUCCCUGAACCCGUCCAGCGGAGGAUCGUAUACUGGUCAUUCCCGAGAAGCGAGAAGGAGAUCUGUAUGUAUUCCUCUUUCAACGCCGGAGGAGAGGAAAGUGGAACUAACGGGGACAAUAAUGACGAGACCCAGCUGCCUUUCCUACGGGGUGUCACUCUGCUAGAGGGUGGCUGGGUGGACAACGUAUUGCAAGUCGGUUUCCAUCUCAGCGGCACAGUGACGGACCCGGCCACACCCUCGACCCCAGAGCUCGUUUGCAGCGUCAGUGUCAGCUUCGACCGCUGCAAGAUCACGGCGGUAACAUGCACCUGCGGCAACAAAGACAUCUUCUACUGCGCCCAUGUAGUGGCACUGUCACUUUACAGAGUACGGAAGCCCGAGCAGGUCAAACUGCACCUGCCCAUCUCAGAAACCCUGUUCCAGAUGAGCAGAGACCAGCUGCAGAAGUUCGUUCAGUAUCUGAUUUCAGUCCAUCACACCGAAGUGUUGCCUACCGCACAGAAACUGGCUGAUGAGAUUCUGUCGCAGAACUCGGAGAUCAACCAGGUCCAUGGGGCCCCGGACCCCACAGCAGGAGCCAGUGUAGACGAUGAGAACUGCUGGCAUCUGGAUGAGGAGCAGGUUCAGGAGCAAGUCAAGCUCUUCCUGUCGCAGGGAGGAUACCACGGCUCGGGCAAGCAACUCAACCUGCUCUUUAGCAAGGUGAGGGAGAUGCUGAAGAUGCGUGACUCCAAUGGAGCGAGGAUGUUAACACUGAUCACAGAACAGUUCAUGGCCGACCCUCGGCUUGCGCUGUGGAGACAGCAGGGCACCACCAUGACUGACAAGUACAGACAGCUGUGGGACGAGCUAGGUGCCCUGUGGAUGUGCAUCGUACUGAACCCCCACUGCAAAGCAGAGCAGAAGUCUUCAUGGCUGCGCCAGCUGCGCAGAUGGAACAGUGUGGAUGUCUGCCCCUGGGAGGACGGUAACCAUGGCAAUGAGCUGCCCAACCUCACCCACUCACUGCCUCAGGGUGCCCAUGGCAACCAAGAGAUGCGCCCCCACAGGACUGUGUUCACACGGGCCAUUGAGGCCUGUGACCUGCAUUGGCAGGACCGACACCUCCAGCACAUUAUCGCCAGUGACCUCUAUGCCAACUACUGUUACCAUGACAACCAGGAGGGUUCCCUCUUUGACACGCGCGGCUGGCCCUUGUGGCAUGAACAUGUCCCAACGGCCUGUGCCAGGGUGGAUGCCUUGCGUUCGCACGGUUACCCAAGAGAAGCCCUGCGACUGGCCAUCGCCGUGGUAAACACAUUACGACGGCAGCAGCAGAGGCAACUGGAGCACUUCCGCCGACACAAAAAAGAGUUGCUCCAUAAAGGCCAUACCUCCAUAACCAACAUGGAGGGCUGGGUGGGACACCCCCUGGAUCCCAUCGGUACUCUGUUCAGCACCCUGACAGAGUCGGGACGAGGAGGAGAGGAGGGCUCCAACACCUGCUUAGACCUCUCAGGGGAAUUCAAAAAGUUCAACGGGAAAGGUAUUAAGGGAAAUUUCACAAGUGAAGACUGCUCCAGUGUUGUAAGCCGAGCGGAGCUCCAGCGAAUGCCCGUGCAGCGAUUACUAGGAGACGGUGAAUCGUAUGUGGCGCUGGCAGUGGAGACAGCUCUGAUUGGCUUAGGCCAGCAGCGGGUGAUGCCUGACGGGCUGUACGCUCAAGAGAAGGUGUGUCGCAACGAAGAGCAGCUAUUGGCCAAGCUGCAGGAAGUGGAACUGGACGACUCCCUGGUCAAAAUCUUCCGUAAACAGGCCGUCUUUCUGCUAGAGGCUGGUCCGUACUCUGGUCUUGGAGAGAUCGUCCACAGAGAGAGUGUUCCCAUGCACACCUUCGCCCGCUAUCUCUUUACCUCUCUCCUACCUCACGACGCUGAACUGGCGUACAAAAUUGCACUGAGAGCGAUGCGGUUGCCGGUGUUGGAGUCGACAGCCUCGUCCGGUGACCUGUCUCGACCCCACCACAUCGUGUCCGUGGUGCCCAACCGCUACCCGCGCUGGUUCACCCUGAGCCACAUAGAGUCUCAGCAGUGUGAGCUGGCUUCCACCAUGCUUACUGCUGCCAAAGGUGACAGUCGCAGGCUGGAGACAGUCCUGGAGUCCAUCCAGAAAAACAUUCACUCUUCGUCUCACAUCUUCAAACUGGCUCAAGAUGCGUUCAAGAUCGCCACUCUAAUGGACAGCCUGCCUGACAUCACACUUCUCAAAGUAUCUCUGGAGCUGGGACUGCAGGUGAUGAGAAUAACUCUGUCCACAUUAAACUGGAGGAGGAGAGAGAUGGUGCGCUGGUUAGUCACGUGUGCCACUGAAGUGGGUGUGUACGCACUGGACAGCAUCAUGCAGAGCUGGUUCACCCUCUUCACCCCCACAGAAGCCACCAGUAUCGUGGCCACCACUGUCAUGUCCAACAGCACCAUUGUCCGCCUCCACCUGGACUGCCACCAGCAGGAGAACCUGGCUUCAUCCGCCCGCACCCUCGCCCUGCAGUGUGCCAUGAAGGACCCCCAGAACUGCGCCCUCUCUGCUCUUACACUCUGUGAAAAGGACCACAUUGCCUUCGAGACAGCCUACCAGAUUGUACUGGACGCGGCGGCGACAGGGAUGAGCUACACACAGCUGUUCACUAUAGCACGCUACAUGGAACAUCGUGGUUACCCGAUGAGGGCGUAUAAGCUGGCGACGUUAGCCAUGGCUCAUCUGAACCUCAGUUACAACCAGGACACACACCCAGCCAUCAACGACGUGCUCUGGGCCUGUGCGCUCAGCCACUCGCUGGGGAAGAACGAGCUAGCUGCCGUUAUCCCCCUGGUGGUCAAGAGUGUGAAGUGCGCCACCGUGCUCUCGGACAUUUUGCGGAGGUGCACGCUGACCACGCCGGGCAUGGUGUCGGCGCUGCACAGCCGCAGGAACUCUGGGAAGCUGAUGUCCCUGGACAAGGCGCCGCUAAGGCAGCUGCUGGACGCAACCAUUGGGGCCUACAUCAACACCACACACUCGCGGCUCACACACAUCAGCCCGCGCCACUACAGCGAGUUCAUCGAGUUCCUGGGCAAGGCCCGGGAGACUUUCAUGAUGGCUCACGACGGACACAUUCAGUUCACCCAGUUCAUAGACAACCUGAAACAGAUCUACAAGGGCAAAAAGAAACUAAUGAUGCUGGUGAGGGAGAGGUUUGGCUGAGGGUGAGGCAGGGGGUCGCCAAAUACUCCCCUCCCACUCUAGUACUUUUCUAUUAACUUGAGUCUGCCUUUUGAACUUCUUUUGGACUUAAUAAAAUGGAGAAGUAAAAAGAGGGAUGUGACUUGUAGAAUGAAGCAAAAAGAGAAAGGAAAAGAUGACAAAAAAAUCAACAGAGCCACACGCGGUAUUAUUGUUCUUGCUGUUGUUAUUGUUAUAAACAUUAUUACUAUUAUUAUUAUUAUUAUUAAUAAUAUUAUUACUACUAUGUGUACAGAAGUGUUUUUAUUUUUCAGAAGAGAGGAAAUUUGUCACGUUGUGAAUGUUGUGUGUAUUUCUCUACGUGUGUGCGAGAGGAAAAUGAAAGUGAAAUGGCUUUUUUUAUUUUUGGUGUUUUUAUUUUUAUGAUUUAAAGCAUCUUUCUUUCCCCCUUUUUCAGUGUACAUUGAGUUAUAUGUUGUCAAGUGGCUGAAGCCCUUCUUCAAUAGCGCUCAUGUAAAAACAUUAAAAAAAGAAGAAGAAGAAAAACUACGUCUCGGCAUCCUCAAAGAGAAACUAAGGCUUUAAAUCACACAGAGCACCUCCCUCUGUCCAGGCCCUCACCGGUGGGUGCUGGGCAGCACUGCACACCUUAGCUUGGCUCGGCUCGGCACAGCUUGGGUUAGCACUGACAGAAAGCCGCCAUCAGCAUUUCUUUAGACAGCAGUAGCAGCAGCAGCAGCACUUGAGCAGCCACUAGUUUUCUCUGGGUCCCAGGUAUUAGCUUCAUUACACACAACAAUGCUCUUAGCUAACUUGUGUUGUUGUUAUUGUUGUAAUCCUCCCCGCCUCCAUAAUGAGUACCUGUUUUAGACAGAGGACAGUAUGCAGGUGCUACAGUGAUGGCACAUUACAUAAAGAUAAUGAGUAUUAUUGUUACAUUAAUGUAAUGUAGUACAGGUGUGAUUUUUAACCACCCAAGUUUGACUAAAUAACCGUUUUAGUUGAGUUUGUUUUGGUCGAAGUAGAUACCCAGAGGGAGACGACUACCUCAUGAUACGGUAUUAAACCUGCUCCCAUUUAUUUUAGUUUUGUUGCUAUCAUGAUAUGUAUCAUCUAUGAUAGCUGAUAGUUUUAAUUAAACAGGACAGUCCUUAGUGAGACCAAGGUUGUGAGGAGAUGUGGAGUCAGAUUACUGCUGAGUGUUUCUGCGGCCGGCUCUGCUGUACAUCACUGCCCCGACAUCGGUACUUACACCCCGAAAAUUGGCUCGAACGCGCCUCUUAGAAGUGUCAGUAUGUCAGUCCCCUCUCAUCUCCAAAAGCCACCAUUGUACGGUAUUUUCAGACUAGGCCAGUGUCAUUUCCCUCUGUGCAUGUGAAUCAUAGAAAUUAGACUUUCUACUGUUAAAGUUCAUUGUGUGGAACCUUCAGUAAUUGUCAACCAGAACGUUCUCAGGGAUUUCUCUACACAGGAAAAAGGCGGAACAAAUGAACGACUGACUACAGGAAAAAGACAAAAACAUGACACAACAUGAGCGAGCAUUUAUUGUACUCUGUAUAUAUGCCAUAGUAUAUGUCUGAAUAUGGAGGAUCUGAAAGUAUAUGUUAACUAAUUUAUACAGAGUAUUCUAUGUAAUGUGAAAUACUUGAAGCCGCUGUAGUUUGCGCUCUUUCUCUUGCUCUCCUCUCUUUUGUCUUCUCUUUUUUUCUCUUUUGUUGAAAACAGAACAUAUCAGAAGGACUAGACUGACCUUGUCGACGGCUUUUUGGACUCUUAAUGCCUCAUGUGUUCAUACUUGAGACGCUGGAUCCUGUCAGAAAUGCAGGUUGAGUCAAAUUGGUGAUGGCGGAGAAAAACAUUGUUGUUCAUUCCUACUGACUAAAGCAUAGAAAAGGGGGUGGAGGUAGACUACUUCAGGCCAUUGGUCGAUAAAUGUUUGAUAACCCAAUACAGGACUUAAUUAUGCAUGCAAACUGUUGCACUAGCCUAGUUUUCCAUAGGAUCCUAUGGGGAAAAACUUUAAUGUGCUUUAUACAGGAGCUAAUUGGAGAUGAAUCUGGUUAAAAUCGUGUAUUAUGUGUCCAGCCUUACAUGCAUUUAGGGCAUCUCUUGGCUGAAGUCAGCCUCAUGUUGCAUUACUAUAACCCUUGCCAGAGUAACUUAAGAGUUGUGCAACUCAACAAGACUCACAUUGAUAAUUAUGCACAGGUUCAAUCUAGCUAAGAUAAAAAAAACAAGUCUCCUCAGUUCUCCCUUUUCAUUCACCGCAGAAUUUCCAGUGUCUCCUCUGCAAUGUUCAGCUGUCCUAUCAUUACUUGCCUUUUUACCUUCUUUAUAUGUCUGAUUUUUCUUUUUCUGUGCAUCUUUUUAUAUCUUGUGUUGAUUAAAGAUAAAAGCAGCCUU